AUGGCGGAGACGUUUGCAUUCAACGCAGACAUCCAGCAGUUGAUGAGCUUGAUCAUCAACACAUUCUACUCCAACAAGGAGAUCUUCCUGCGUGAGCUCAUCUCCAACGCCUCGGACGCUCUGGACAAGAUUCGCUACGAAUCCAUCACCGACCCAGACAAGAUCGAGGCGCAGCCGAACUUCUUCAUCAAGAUCAUCCCGGACAAGACCAAUUCGACCUUGACCAUCGAAGACUCCGGCAUCGGCAUGACGAAGAACGAGCUCAUCAACAAUCUCGGCACGAUCGCCAAGUCUGGCACCAAGGCCUUCAUGGAGGCUAUGGCGGCAGGCGGCGACAUCUCCAUGAUCGGGCAGUUCGGCGUCGGCUUCUACAGCGCGUACCUCGUCUCGGACAAGGUCCGUGUGGUCAGCAAGCACAACGACGACGAGCAGUACAUCUGGGAGAGCGGCGCCGGCGGCUCUUUCACGGUCCAGAAGGACACGGAGCUGGUGCACGGCGAGAUCAAGCGAGGCACCAAGAUCAUCUGCUACCUCAAGGAAGACCAGUCUGAGUUCCUGGAGGAGCGACGUCUGAAGGACCUGGUGAAGAAGCACUCCGAGUUCAUUGGCUUCCCCAUCGAGCUGUACGUGGAGAAGUCCAAGGAGAAGGAGGUGACCGACUCCGAGGAGGAGGAGGAAGAGAAGAAGGAGGAGAAAGAAGGCGAUGAGCCGAAGAUCGAGGAAGUAGAUGAGGAGAAGGAGAAGGAGGAGAAGAAGAAGAAGACCAAGAAGGUGAAGGAGGUCUCGCACGAAUGGGAGCAGUUGAACAAGAACAAGCCCCUGUGGAUGCGCAAGUCUGAGGACGUGACCAACGAGGAGUACGCCUCCUUCUACAAGUCGCUCUCCAACGACUGGGAGGACCACCUCGCCGUGAAGCACUUCAGCGUCGAGGGCCAGUUGGAGUUCCGGGCUCUGCUGUUCGUUCCCCGCCGCGCGCCCUUCGACCUUUUCGAGACCAAGAAGAAGCGCAACAACAUCAAGCUGUACGUGCGCCGCGUCUUCAUCAUGGACGACUGCGAGGAGCUCAUGCCUGAGUGGCUGAACUUCGUGAAGGGCGUGGUGGACUCGGAGGAUUUGCCUCUGAACAUCUCCCGCGAGACCCUGCAGCAGAACAAGAUCCUGCGAGUCAUCAAGAAGAAUCUCGUGAAGAAGUGCCUCGAGAUGUUUGCAGAGAUCGCCGAGAAGAAGGACGACUACAAGAAGUUCUAUGAGCAGUUUGGCAAGUGCCUCAAGCUGGGCGUCCACGAGGACUCCACCAACCGCACUAAGCUGGCCGAGCUCCUCCGCUACCACACCUCCAAGUCUGGUGACGAACAGAUCAGCCUGAAGGAGUACGUCGACCGCAUGAAGGAGGGUCAGAACGACAUCUACUACAUCACAGGCGAGAGCAUUGCGGCCGUGUCCUCAUCUCCCUUCCUGGAGACCCUGCGCAAGAAGGGCAUCGAGGUGCUGUACAUGAUCGACCCCGUCGACGAGUACUCAGUGCAGCAGCUGAAGGAGUUCGAUGGCAAGAAGUUGAAGAGCACAACUAAGGAAGGUUUGGACAUCGAGGACGAGGAUGAGAAGAAGAAGCUGGAGGAGAUGAAGGCGGAGUUCGAGCCCCUCACGAAGCUCAUGAAGGAGGUGUUGGGGGACAAGGUGGAGAAGGUCAUCGUCAGCUCUAGGAUGGCCGACUCCCCUUGCGUGCUGACCACCUCCGAGUAUGGCUGGUCAGCCAACAUGGAGCGCAUCAUGAAGGCGCAGGCCCUGCGUGACAACUCCAUGACUUCCUACAUGGUCUCUAAGAAGACCAUGGAGGUGAAUCCCAAGCACUCCAUCAUGGCGGAGCUGAAGAAGAAGGCCGCGGCCGACAAGUCUGACAAGACCGUCAAGGACCUGAUCUGGCUCCUCUUCGACACCUCGCUGCUCACCUCUGGCUUCAACCUCGAUGAGCCAACGCAGUUCGCCGGCCGCAUCCACCGGAUGAUCAAGCUCGGCCUCAGCAUCGACGAUGACGAUGAGGGCCUGGGUGAUGACGACGACCUGCCCCCGCUUGAGGAAGUCGAGGGCGCGGCCGAUGAGGCCUCCAAGAUGGAGGAAGUCGACUAG